ACACCGCUCGUGUUGCUGUUAAAAGUGUCAUUAACACAUAUUCUCCUUCUUUUGUCAUUGUAUGGCUUAAAUUUGUUGUUAUUGUCACUUAUUAUGAGUUAUGUAGUCGCCUUUCAAUGCCAUUGUCGGGAGCAAUUCGAUAAUCAAAGCACCGAUGGAAUUGUAACGGAAGCGUGCGGUCACUCGAAAUGCCGGAAAUGUUUUAUCAAAGAGUCCGGAUGUGUCAGGUGUUUAUCAACAAAACCACACGACGAUCAAUUGCCUCCGCAGCCUAGCGUGAAAAAAGUAUUGGACAGCGGUGACAUCAUGCACAUGAAACAUGUUCCUGCCAUCAGCAAGUUCGACAGUGGAACGGGUCGUUCGCUGUCAAAUCCGAAAGACAUUCGUAUACUGGAAGAGGUGAUCAUCAAAGUCCCAUCCAAUGGCCAUGGUGGCUUUGACUAUCCGCGGCUCAAAGAACCUGCAAAAUUUAAAUAUCCGUCGCACAUUACCCGACAGCUGGUCAAUGGAAAGCUCGAAUUCGAGUGUACAAUUUGCAAGAAAAAAUUUCGCAGCAAAAGUAAUCGAAAGUACCAUCUCUACUGUGACGACAGCGUUGAGAAACCAUUUAACUGCAGCAAAUGUUCGAAGACGUUCGCCACGAGAAACCAUUUGGAGUACCAUGAAAAUCGCCACAACAACGUUCAGUACAAGUGUGACGAAUGCGAUCGAACAUUUCUGAGCCGUGUCAGUUUACAGAAGCAUUCCAAGGUGCACACAAACGAUUUCCGAUACGUUUGCGACCAUUGCGAUCGGAAAUUUUACGCCAAAUCCGACUUGAUUCUCCACAUGUACAGCCACAAGACUUCUCCACUGCCAUUCCAAUGCGAUGAAUGUGAUAAAUCAUUUUCGGCCAAAUUCAAAUUGAAUCAACACAUCAUGACGCAUCAAGGCGUGAAAUCACACGCAUGCCAAUUUUGUGGAAAAAAGUUCACCCGAAACAGUUCGCUGACCAUCCAUUUGCUGACCCAUUCCAGCAUGGACACGAAAUACGAAUGCAAUGUGUGCUCGAAAAGUUUCGAUAGACAGCGCAGCCACGAUCGCCAUAUGAAAAUUAAGCACGGAUCCACGGUAUUCCAGUGUCCAUUAUGCGACGUUCAGAGUGGUCGCAAGGACAACAUACUGCGCCAUAUUCGGAAUCUACAUUCGGCCGAAAAGUUCGAGGAAAUAAUAAAGAAAAUAUCGAAAACCGUUGCACGCGUCCCCGUUCCCGAUGCCAUAGAACAAUCUGUAAUUGUUGCGAACGUUGGCACAAAGAAGGAAGUGGCUACGAUACAGACACCGAACGUUUUCCAGUAUCAAUCAGUCAUACGGUUUGCCGGUCGAUCAGCGCCAGAGCGGUUAGAGGAACCAACGUCAGAGCGGUCAGAGAAACAAAUGCCAGAUCGUCUAGAUAUACCAACAGCGCUAGAGCGUUCAGAGGAAACCACAACGAUAGAUCGUCCAGAGAUACCAACAAUGCUGGCGCGUGCAGAGAUACCAAUAACGCUGGAGCUUCCAGAGAUACCAGUGCCAGUGCGUACGAAAACACCCACACCAAUACGAAUCGUUGUUAAUGACGAAUAUUCAUCGGAUAUUGACACAUCAACGAAUGAAGAGUCUAUUGAUAACAGCGACAACAUUCAACCAAAUCGUCUCAACAAAGAAUUGCAUGUCGAACUAGCCGAACCAACUAACAGCAGUCAGACGGUUAGCAAUAUUAGCAUCUAUAGACAGCUCCUUUCACCGUAUCUUCGGCCGCCGCCAAAUUUAGAUCACAGAAAUGGUGCACAAGAACCGGAGAGACGUAGAGGUUAUCAGGUUCAAGGUGACCGUUUACCGAAACGCAAAGAGAAUGUGGAAAUCUACAGGAGCAUUCUAAUGAGUUCAGACGAUCAGGAACCGCAUCAGACAUCGGUGAUACAGGACAAUCGUCCGGAUGUGGUGGAAGAGAAUGUUAAAUCAACGACUAAUCCGACAUCGAUAGUGAUCCAUGGUCAAAGUAGCGAGUAUUUCUCGGAAAUGCAUUGGAGGAAAAGGACGUCACAGUGUUUCAACCGAAUGGAACAGUGACGAGGGAAAUGAGUGCAGAGCACUUUUAGCUUUAAAUUUACUGAAAUGUAAUAGCGGGCCAUCGAAUGUCCUAUCACUUCGUUUGUGAAUGAUUUUUUUUUAAAUUUUCGUAAUAAAAGUGGAACCUUUGCUGUAAGCAAGAAAAUCAACAGAGUUCAUUAUGUCAGAGCAC